UCAUGGAUUCGUAUUUUAUUUACCUUCAAUCAUCGCAAACACAAAGCUAAUUUUUAUAAAAAAUCUUUUGUCCACCAUGUACGGAUGGAAUAUAUUUUGAGAGAUGUCUAAAUUAAUUUUAUAAAUAAAGUUAUUUGUGACGGCGGGAGGCUUCGAAGUCUAUUUAGAUCUACAAAUAGUUUUUCCAAAUGUGUUGUUUUGAUAGAUAAUGGAUCCAAGAAUGUGUAGGAAAAUCUGUAGUAGUGAAAGUCUUCCAGAUGCUGAAAAUGAGGAAUUUGAAGUAUCAAACAUUAUUGCACCACAAGAAAGCGAAGAUAAUUUCUUACUGGAGGGCAGUCCUGAACGACACUCCGUUACUUGGCUUGACGACGAUCAAAUAGAUGAUUUAGAUCUUAAUUUAGACCACACUAACCUAUUUUUUCAUAGAGUCGAUAGUGCAGAUGUAAUAUACAGAAGUAAAAAGAAAAAAUGCAAAAUGGUAGGAAAGUACGUAAUGGGCGACGUGUUAGGUGAAGGUUCGUAUGGCAAAGUUAAAGAGAUGCUGGACUCUGAGACCUUAUGUAGAAGAGCUGUUAAAAUAUUAAAAAAACGGAAACUGAGAAGAAUACCAAACGGUGAGCAAAAUGUACAGAGAGAAAUACAACUACUGCGAAUACUUAGACAUAAAAAUGUGAUAGAACUAGUCGAUGUUAUGUACAAUGAUGAGAAGCAAAAAAUGUAUUUAGUUAUGGAGUUUUGUGUAGGCGUACUUCAGGAUAUGCUUGAAUCAAGCCCAGGCAAGAAAUUUCCUCAGCGUCAAGCACAUGAUUACUUUAUUCAGCUGCUGGACGGCUUAGAGUAUUUGCACGGCCAAGGUGUGGUUCACAAAGACAUUAAACCGGGAAAUUUAUUAUUGACAUUGGACCAGACACUGAAAAUAACUGAUUUUGGUGUUGCUGAAGCAUUAGACAUGUUUUCCCCAGAAGACACAUGUUACACAGGACAAGGUUCUCCAGCUUUUCAACCACCGGAGAUAGCCAAUGGAGCUGAACAAUUUUCUGGUGUCAAAGUUGAUAUAUGGAGUAGUGGAGUCACAUUAUACAACAUGACAACUGGGAGGUAUCCGUUUGAAGGUGACAAUGUGUAUCGGCUAUUAGAGGCAAUAGGUCGAGGGGAGCCAGCCCCACCACCAUCUUCAGUUGGGGUUUUACUUGAAACUCUUUUAAUGCAUAUGUUGAAGCGGAAUCCAGAUGAGAGACCAACUGUACAGGAAAUAAAAAGGCAUGACUGGGUGCGCGCGCGGCCGGCGCUGCGCGCGGGCGAGGCGGCGGUGGGCGCGCGCUCGCGGCGCUCGGACGAGCUGCACAGCUCCACCGUCGUGCCGUACCUCGUCGAGCGCCACUACGCCACGCCGCACCACUACUUCACCGAGCACGAUCUGCGCCACGAGCUGGGCGACGGCGGGUCGCGCACGAUGUCGACGGCGGAGCUGUCGGACGCGGAGUCCACGCAGUGCAAGCGGCGCUGGCACUCGUCGUGCGGGCGCUUGCCGUCGUGCCGCCUCACGUGAUCGCGCGCGACCUGCACCCUUCAUUUCUAGAAUAUUCGUUGGAAUAUUUGUAUGAUCGACGGAUUUACGUGCAGCGUGACGUCGAGAUCUGCCAUCUUCAAUGUUCGGUUUCCUCGAGCGUCUCGUUCGAUGGUCCUCGGAUAGUUUAAUGUUUUCGUCCGUUGCACGUAAAUCGUAACAUCGCGUGUUGGCGUUGAACGUGAUUUAUUUUGUGAGACUUAACGCUACUUAAAAAUAAUUUCGUUAAUUAUUUGUCCCUGUUGUUAGGCCGAUGGAAAAUAAAACUCACUUGAAUAUUUUCUGUAAUUGUACUUGUAAUUACAGAAAAUAUAUUUAAUAAUAUAAUCGGAAUGAUGGUCGAAAUCAGUAAAUCUUACCAUGCUAGCUCUACUGGUACAUUACUUGUUAUUUAUAUAAUCGAAUAGGAUAAGUACUGAUUACUUUUUUUGUACCAAAAAAUAAUAUAUAUGUCCAAUAGAUAGAAAAUAAAUAUCGAAAAAGUAAAAAGCAUUUAGUUUUUAAAUAUUGAAAACUAAUCGAAUUUACUUUAAAAUUAAAAAUACUACUAGCUAAAACAAAAGCUUUUGGUUAAAUUUUUGAAUUAAAUGAAUAUAAUUUAUAAAUCGAGCGAUUGCAACGCAUUCGAAAUGAAUUUAAAUCUCUUUAAUCUUAAGUAAUUAGGACCCCAAAUUUCGCAGUGUGUUUCAUCGCAUCUGUUUUUUUUUAAAUAUAAAAUACUCCAAUCUAUCACAUCAAGCGACUUCUUGACUACUUCUUAAAUCGUAUACUAAAUUGCUAUUAUAUUAAAAAAAUUAAAAGUUUUACUGCCGAAUUAAAAAAUACAUAUAAUUUUCAUGUCACAAACUUACUUGUGAGUUAUUUUAUAAAUAACCAUUGUGCCUUGUAGUGCGUGUUCAAAGUAAGAAUCUUGCCAGUAUUACCAUAAGAAAAAAGAUAAUGAAGUGUUAACAACGCACAAGUAAGGAGAUGAUAUUAAAAUUAGACAUAAAUUUUGAGUACUUUGUCAUUAUGUUAUACACAUACAGACAGGAAUCAUCCUAAAAACAAAAAUUCUCAAACCGUACAGAUGUAUCAAAACUUUAGACUUACAAAAAUUAAUUACAAAGCAAAAUAAUAAAUUGUAAAUUGAUUGAAGAUAAAAAAGGUAACAAUAAUAAUAAUAAUAUAUAUAAAUUUAGGUUUAUAAUGUAUUAUAAAAACAAUAAGAAUGUGUCUCGUAGAGCUAGCAUUGCUUGAACUUGCAUUUCAUUACUACUAUUUCCUUAAAACGUUCAAUUUUUCAGACACAUGAAUCCCACCGACGGAAUUGUUCGAAAUUUUUCACUUAUUAAAUUCUUAUAUAAAAAUCUACCCUAUUAAUAUUACCAGAAACGGAAGCUUGUAAAUGUUGUCAUAUAUAAAUUAUCGCAUGUGCAUAAUUGCUUUUACGUUAUGUAAUUCUGACAACGAAACGAUAAUAAAUAUUUUUCCAAAACAGUUCGACUAAUUUUAAAUAUUUGCAUUAAAUUUUAAUUAAAAAUUAAUCGUAUAUGAUACGUGUGAAAUAUGGUAAAGUUCGAGUCGUGUAACUAUGCAGCUGUGACGUAAGCAGUAAUUGACUUCGCAGUAGUCGAUAUUCCGUAAUCGUCUUAAUGUCGACUAGUGACAAUAUUCGGAACAUCUGAUGACAAUAUUUCAAAUAAUUGCAGUUCCCGUCAAAAAAAAACUCGUACUAGGCGCAUACUACGAGUUUAAAAAUGAUUAAAAAUAAUAAUAAUGUUCAGCUACUUGAUAAUAGAUGGCGCCACAAGAAGUAUAAUUUUUAAAUGUAUAAAUAUUAUAAAGAAAAGUCGCUGAAUUUUAAAUAUAUGACCUUUUCUGUUAAAACUAAUCAUAAACGAAAUCCUAAAAUAAUUUUCCAAAAACACGUUAGGUUCUAACGGAUUAAUGACCUUUUAUAUUGUUUGGUAAGUAAAAUACGACAAAAUAUGGUAUAUAUUUUUUAUUAUUGAAAUGUACCAACAUGGAAACAAAAAUAUUAAUAAAGGCAUCGUGUUGUUUUGUAAAACAUUUAUUAGUACGUAGUGAAAUGCAUCUUCAUUGGAAUUGCAUAUUUGCAACUUUAUACCUUAUCUUGCUGUCACGUUUUGAUCUCAAGUGUAAAAAGUGGCAAUACACAUAAAUAUAAUAUUGUUUAAAAAGAAACCUAUAUUUCUUUCUCCGGGAGUCCAAUACCACCAAAUCGAUGUAGCAAUAUUUUAUUUAUAUAGUUAGUAUAUCACUUGAGGGCUGUAUAAUUUUUGAUCUAGUGUUAAUUAUCUGUGACAACUUUGGAUUAUACAUGUCAGUCUCAUACACGUAGUACUUGCUUACUUGGCUGGAAUGCUUUGGUCGUGACAUUUAGUUGCAUAAUCUAGAUUCUAGAACCUUCGUGAAUAGACAGACAAUGUUUUGAAAAAAAAAGGAAUGACUUUUUUUAUAUGAUCGCAUUGCAAUUUAUGUUUAGCAAUUAAGUCAUGAUUAACAAAUAAACACUCACAUAAAAAGAGCAAUAAUUUGAUGACACCUACUAAUGGAGUUUCGAAUAUUCGAACACCGCUUUUUUUCUUAUAAAUAUAUAAUAUACUAUACUUAUACAUGUUAUAUUAAGUAUUUUAUGUUGUAAUGUUAAAGUGCGCGCUUUGUCGCGCUCGCUGUUCUUACGAAAUGUAUAAAAUUAGGCGAUACUAACUAAAAAAGGAAACUACAAAAUGUGUAAAUAAAAAUUGAAAAUUAACCAUAUUUAUAAUGGAUAAGAAUGAAUGAAACUUGUAAUUGGGAAAUAUGUUUUAUCAUAUACCAAAUACAUUACGAAAAAUUGCUUUUCUAAAACCCAGCGAGAUUUUGAUACUAUAUAAGUUGUAUUUGAAAUCGCAUUAUCAUCGAGGCGCGUUCGAGAACGGCCUUAGCGAGUGAUUAGUUAAACAACGUUGUUUUCUUUCAAUCAAAUCAAAUAAAUAAUGAAAGCAAGAGCGAAAUUAGUAACUAACUAGACGAACGUUAAUCACCAAUUAUAAGUAAGGACGUAAAAUAUUACUACACUAUUUACACGUAUUACCGCACCGAAGUCUUGAUAUGUACUUAAAUGUUUUGUGUAACAUUUUGUGUUUUUUUUUUAUAUCUAAAACAGGCAAACAGCCCUCAGUGAUAUAAUGUUUUUUUAAAUUGCAUGUUAGGUUAAUAUUUGUUAAAUAUAAAUUAAAUGUGUAAUUCGAUUUGUAUGCAUACAUUUAAAAGUUCCUCAAUGUAUUGUUGAUGUUAAAAAUUAUCUCGUGGCGAGAAAGCGUUUUCAAUUUUUGUUUCAGAAUUAAAUAUAAAGCUCUCGAUCUGACCUCACUUUUUCGUCAUGAAAUUCUUAUUUCUUUUUUUAAUAAAAUUUAAGUAUAGUGCUAGUAACAUAUAUUUAUAAAACCGUCGACUGUGUGAUUAAUUGCUAAUAAACCAAUUAGUUGAAAUCACUACUGUUCUUAAAAAGUCUUAUAAGAUUAGAAUUAAUAUUAUAAAAUACGUAAUAUUUUCAUACUAACAUUUUCGUGAAAAAUUUCAACUCAUAAAAUUACUCCUACAAAUAUAUAAACAUUAGAAUGUUAUAACGGUUUGAUGUAGAUAAAUAAAUUAUAAAUUUUAUAAUAAAUCAAUCUAUAAAAUUUUCUAAAUUAUUAAUAAUAUUUAAUAGAGGUCGUAACAUUUAUUUGAUAUUCUUUAUGUGUAGUUAUAAUAGAGCCCGUUUACCGUCAACAGUAGUGAUACAUCGUAAAAACAUCUGUUUUCGAAAUUUUUAAUUCUUCUCAGCCUAAUUGUACUAACCAGUGUGUGAGUAUCGAUUCUCGUUUGGUACUUCAUGUAUUCAGCGAUAUUCGUUUAAGCCAGGGCCGAAUUUAGAGGAGAGCAAAAGUAUUGCACGUUUUCAAAAAAGAGUUUAAAAAAAUUAUGGCGUCCAUUAAAUCCAGCCCUGAUUCGAUUAGGAAGAUAAAUGAUACCGCACUAUUUUUGCAACCCAACAUAACAUUUCCAUUUGUUUUGUAACAGUUGUGUAUUUUUUUAUUUGCGAUCGUAGUCAGUAGUUAAUAGAUUAUAAGUUAAAUAAGCCAUUGUAAUGAGAUUUUUGUGCAGACAAUAUAACAGCGCCAAAGGCGAAUGGAAACCUUUUAACCUUAUCGAUCGUUUUCAAGAAAAAGUGAGGUCCUAAAUGUUACUUAAAUUUUAUUUGUGAUGCUUAAACUGAUGAAUGUGCAGUGCCUGAACUGAUUAUGAGCAACGUUAAACAUAUUAAAUACAGAGAAUAUUAAUAUAUUGUAAAUAAAAUAUUAAAAUAAUUU